GGGAAAUUCAACCUUAUUCACUACAACAAUUACUACAACCAAUAGGAAGCCUGGGAAUUUUUUGUUCUGCUCUUGCAUGCACGUGGCCUCUUCCAGACGUCUAUCGGGGGAAAAGUGGUUAGUUGAGUGAUCACUGCCCGUCUAGGCACAUUGUCAGGUGACAUUUCCUGUCUGGUCAUCAACUUUAGUUUCUCAUUGUCAAAAGAAUGGCUAAUGACAAUCUUCGAAGCAGCGAAAUCGAUCGCUUCCUCUUCGAUGUCACAGAGAGCAUGGCAAAUGAUUCAGAAGACGGAGGAGACAGUGAUGCUGAUGAUAGUAAGCUGUCAGUAAGCCACAGUAGUUAUACAAGGGAAUUUGCUUCGGUAAGUUUAGCAACUGACUUGUUUUCCAAUAACUCAUCUUCUCGUCAACAAGAUGCACACGUCAGGAAUCCUUUACCAUCAACAUCAUUACAAGGUCGACAACUGUCCCAACGUGACAUGGACUACAUCUUUGAUAGUGAUGAUAGCCAGGAUGACCCGACUUACAUACCAGUACCCUCCCCACAGCAAAACAUACAAGAAGAUGUAUUUGAACAAGUAGAUAAGGACUUGUAUAUUUCAUCUUCUGAGUCUGAAUCUGAUGAUUUUACUUUGAACCAAUCAAGUUAUAUGUUUGAUAAGACCCCAUCAAAUCCUACAAAAUAUGAUUUAUUUAUAUUUAAUCAACCAAUAGGGCCUAAAGUUCCUAUAAAUAUUGCUUCUCCAUUAAGUAUUUUUCUAUUUUUUAUUGGAAAUUUUUUGGAUACAAUAUUGUUUCAAUCAAAUCUGUAUGCUAAUCAACAAAAUGUUGAUUUAAAACUUGAUAAGGAUGAACUCUUAGCAUUUUUUGGAAUUUUAAUAGUCAUGGGCUUCCAUUCCUUACCAAGCAUACGACUAUAUUGGUCCACUGAUCCUAUGUUUCAUGUAGAGGCUAUAUCUAAAGUGAUGUCAUUAAAAAGAUUCUUGAAGAUAUUAAGAUACUUACAUAUAAAUGAUAAUACAAAGGCAAUCCAAAGAGGACAGCCAGGAUUUGACAAGCUUUUCAAAAUAAGACCUUUUAUUGAUCACUUAAAAAAUACAUUUAGUGAGGGGUUUUCUCCGAGCCGUUUUCUCAGCGUUGACGAAAGUAUGAUUGGAUUCAAGGGUAGAAGUAGCUUAAAACAGUAUCUACCAUUGAAACCAAUCAAACGAGGAUUUAAAGUUUGGGCAAUAUGUUGUGCUGUCACUGGCUAUUUGGUUUGCCUUGAUGUAUAUGAAGGUAAAAACAAUGUACCUUUACAUCGUGAAAAGGAUGACACUUUAGGUUCUAGUGUUGUGUUAGCGUUAUGUAAGUCCUUUGAGACAUUAGGAUAUUGUAUUUUUUUUGAUAGAUUUUUUACAACCAUACCUUUAAUAAAAACACUUCUAAAUAAAGGACUUUUCGGUUGUGGUACAAUUCAAAGAAAUAGAAAAUAUUUGCCUAAUCAUCUACUGAAAUCAGAUAAAAACAUGAAAAUUGGUGAUUCUGAUUAUGUUAGUUGUGGAGACUUAUCUAUUUCAAAAUGGAAGGACAGGGGGAAAACAUCAGUUAUGGUAGUUUCUAGUAUUCACUAUACGUCUGAAGAGGCAGAGGUUCAGAGGAGAAAUAAAACUGGGGAAAAGGUUACUAUUAAAUGUCCAAAGUCUAUAGCAGACUAUAACAAAUAUAUGGGAGGAGUGGACCGUUUCGAUCAACUUCUUUCCACAUACUCAAUUUCUCAAAAAUCAAAGCGUUGGUGGGUGAACAUUUUUUAUUAUUUACUUGAUACUGCAUUUGUUAAUUCUUUCAUUAUGUAUAACUAUGUUCAAAAAAAUGCCACUACCAUAAAUGACAAAAAACUAUCUCAUUUAAUGUCAGGAAACUGUUAGCUGAAGAAUUGAUGAAACCAUGGUUCAACCGCCCCAAAAAAGAAAUAAAUAUUACCAUACAAGGGAAAAAAAGCUCAGGUAGACUUGUAAAUGUAAAAAUUAAUGAUGUUGGAGAACAUUUACCGGUCAAAUGUACCAUAAGACGGUGUGCAAGG